GCCAUCGGAGCAUGGAGGAGGAGGAGGCGUACCAGCAGGGCAUGGAGGAUGAAGAGAUCAUGGCCGCGCUCGCUUAUCAGCAGGAGGCAAUGGUGAUCUGCCCGCUGUGCAAGGCCCGUCCGCUGCACAUGCACGGCGCCACCAUUGAGUGCUCCUGUGGCCAUUUCUCUCUCCACACACACCACGACCACGUGACUUUGGAGCAUCUGGCAGCGCGGCUGCAGGAGCCCAUCACUUUCUCCCGGUUCUCCUCGUCUCGCCCCUCUCCCCAGCCCACCUGCCUCUCUCGCCCCUUUCCCAACCCACCUGGUUAUCUCCACUCCAUCAACGUUUCACUUCGUACCAAUGCUGAGUUCUCAAUGCUCUUUUCUUAG